GGCAUUGUCCAGUACCAGUUGGAGAGUAUUGGAAAGGGUGUGGGCUUCUUCCGAGUAGAUGGGGCAACUGGACAAGUGCUGGUGACCCAGAGUCUGGUCAACAACAACCAGCAGUAUAAUCUCAUCAUCUCGGCAUACGAUAACCAACUUCCUGAUGACAAGAGCUCCAUGAGCUUGACAAUCAACAUUGACCGUAACCUGUAUGGGCCAGAGUGGAACAGGGACUGACCGCCAGUACAGUGGAGCAAUCAAGGAUUACGAUCCUCAGGGAACAUUCAUUGUGCAAGUCAAUGCAACUGACAAGGAUAUCACAUCACCAGAAAACCAAGUAGAAUAUGCUCUUGAUGUGGGUAACACUGCCAACCCCUACUUCACAAUCGAUUCCCGCACUGGUGUUAUCACUGUGAACAACAGGCUGUCGUUUGAUACAUCUGGGAGACAACAAUAUACCUUAUUUGUCACAGCAACUGACCGAGGUUUGAAUCCCAAUGAUGUCAUGGUUACCACUGCUACAGUCACUAUCGCUGUAGAACGCAACGUGGCUCCCAUUAUUCAGAACAAAAACACAUACUUUUCAAGCUUCUCAGAAGGUGUUGACAUUGACUAUAAUAUAACUCAGAUAUUUGCAAUAGACGCCAAUCCUGCAACCUCAAUGAACGGAAUGUUGCAUUAUUCCAUCCUUGAACCAAAUGCAUCAAACAAGUUCCAGAUCGAUCAAUCUGGUGUUAUCCGACCUCGGGUCACUCUGAAGGGACUGCAGCCUGCCACCUGGAUAUUUACGGUCCAGGUGAGUGACAAGGGAAUCCCUGCUUUGAGUGACACAACCAAAGUGGAGUUUAGCCUCAACCGCAUAUCUGGUCCCAGGUUUAACCCAUCUGAGUCUGUCUACAACAAGGAUGAGAACUUUAGAGUGGGUGAGGUGCUUGCAAGACUUCAGGCUGAGGACCCGACUCCUGAUGGCCCUCUCGUGUAUGAGAUCAGAGGCGAUGGCUUGUCACCAACUUACUUCAGGCUGGAAAUGGAAGGUCAAACUGCGGUGAUAAAGCUGAACAAGUCUUUCACUGAAGACUCCAAUAAAUCCCUCUUCUACAAGAUUCGCCUGCAGGCCUACAGACGUAACGAUCCGAAUGUAUUUGCUGAGCAUAUUGCAAUGGUCUAUGUGAACAGGAAUCCAUCUGCACCCAGAUUCAAUCAUGGUGAUCUUGUCUUCAACAUCAAUGAGACACUCCCACUCAAGUAUGUCAUUGGAGAAGUAAGUGCCAAUGAUACUGAUAUUGGAUCCAAUGGUGAAAUCCUGUACUCCAUUAGUCAGACAGAGCUUCUGCCUCACUACCUGCAGGACUACUUCUCUGUGAAUGAAUUUAAUGGCAAAAUAUUGCUAAUUGGAGACCUGACCCAAGACUCUAGGACUUUCAAGUAUACCAUGACCGUUGUUGCAAAGGACAAGGGAAUCCCACCAAGACAAGAUACAGUCAAAGUAACCAUCAACGUAUCCAGAAACCCUAAUGCCCCCAGAUGGAUUGGAUUGCCAUACUCAGCUAAUGUGACAGAGAAUGAUUUGAGUGGCACACCUGUGAUAAAGGUAAGCGCAGUGGAUGACGAUAAUGAUCCAAUCGAGUAUAACAUUGUCAGAGACACUGGGGCUGGAUCACCAUACUUUUCCAUCAAUCAACAGACUGGACAAAUCACUGUAAGCAAUGCUCCACUAUAUGAAGAUACAGUGACGUCAUACAAUCUAAGGGUCACUGCUCACGACAAGACUUCAGCAUCAAGAACAGCCGAAGCCACUGUUGAAAUUACUGUCAACAGAAAUAUUUUCCCGCCAGUGUUUGUCAUCAGCAGCUAUAAAACAAAGAUUUCUGAGUACAUUUCCAAUGGAUCUCCACUGGAUGUGCUGGUAAGAGCCACAGAUGGCGACAAUGUGAACAGUAACAGUGGAAUCCUGCGCUACAAAUUUGGAACUUUCAAUCCGCCUUCAGCAGAAACCCUGUUUGAGAUCAGCUCCACUACAGGUGUCAUUUCCAUUGCUACGCCUCUGAUAGGCAAUCCGCUCAAUGCCCCAACUAAUGUGACAAUGCAGGUGAUUGCCUAUGACAAAACGACUGCCCCGAGAUCUGCUACAGCAACUGUCGCCGUAGAGAUUGUACGCAACACUAAUGCCCCCAUAUGGAUCACCUGUCCCAAUUCGGCCGCUACAGCCGAAAGAGUAACCGCCAACACGUACAUAACUGCAACAUCAGCCAGAGACCCUGAUCUGAAUGAUGACUUGAACAGAGACACUCCCAAUGCUCAGGUGGAGUACUACCUUGCAGGGGAUACUAAUUCAUAUGCUAGAUUCUUCAAUGUGCGUGACGAUGGCCGCCUGUACACAUCUCAGAUGCUGAACUUCCCAGCCCUUGACACUGACUUCAUAACGAUCCGAGUGGUGGCUCAAGACAAGAGUUGGCAGCCCAAGUCCGUGGAGUGUGCCCUGCGUAUCAACAUCACCAAGAUAUCCGCUACCAACAGGACCAUUGGAUUCAUCCAGCCUAUUUUCCAUGUUGAUGUAAGUGAAAACGAGAAAAGAGACACCAUUUUGAAGUACUUGGAUGUUGUGAACCAGAAUCCAAACCAGGUUGUUGAUUGUCAACUUGACAACUCAACGUAUCCAGCUGGCCUGUUCACCAUCUCCCGUGACAACGCCAACAAGAACUGUCAGCUGGUUCUCCGGGGUAACCUUGACUUCGAGGAUCGCAGAGAGUAUCGUCUCACUGCGACCGUAAACGAGGUCCGCAGCAAGCGACAAGCAUUGAACUAUGGUGAUGUUUACAAUGCGUGGAAGACGGCUCUGAUCAUUGUAAAUGUGAUUGACCAGAAUGAUGAGUCUCCCAAAUGGGUUAUCCCCCCCUACCCUCGACAGACAGGUCUCAACUCAAACACUCAGGACAAGUACUUUGGCAUUGUCAACAAGAACACUGGCUCUGAUACCCGUGUUCUUACAAUCAUGGCCAUAGAUCGUGAUGCAGGCAACUACGGUCUAGUGGAGUACUUACGUGGUCUGCCAGACAAUGACGUGCCUGCCAACCCACCGUUCAACCUCAACAGUCAAUCAGGGGAGAUAACUUCCACGGCAUCAUUUAACUUCCGGACCGACCCAGUGUAUAGGUUCCAAGUGAUGGCCAAGGACAAUCCUGGACAGACCACAACACAGAACAGCAUCAAUGGCGAAAUUGUGGUGUACCUGGUAGAGGACAAACACAGAUUUGUAGCCGUUAUGCCUGGCCAGCCACAGGAUUAUGCCAACCGGAUUGAACCCUUCAGACAAGCUAUUCAAAACAAGACCAGCUAUAUUUGUCUCAUUGAGAGUGUGCAGCAUCGAACUGUUAAGGCGGGACCAGAUGAGGUCACCACAUCAACAACAGGGACCGACAUCACCUUUGUGCUUGGUGACCCUGACAACAAACCCAACUUCCCAUUGCUAUUGCAUGCUAACCAGGACUUUAACAGAUUGUUUGGACCAGAAUGGACAAUCUUUGUGAGGACAUUUGCCAAUAUUUCUGUGGACGAUGUUCACCCACCAUUCACAGGCAACCUUCAGGCUCAGAAGGUGCUCUCCAAGUCGUACGUGUGGUGGCUUGAUGACCCCUGGGCAGCACUCAUUGCCAUUACCGCCAUCUCCAUACUGCUGAUCAUUGUGGGAAUUAUAGUACUUGUGUUCACUCAUUCACGGUACAUGAAGUACAUCAACAACUACCGCGUGUACCAGCAGGCCUACCCAGGACCAGAGUUUGUGGAGCCACCCAGCUUCCUUAGAGAAUAUGAAACACAGAGCCUGCAGAUGUAUGUACCACCUGACGAGGCAGUUCCAACAGGAGGGGAAGUGCACAUGCACCUGUCUGCCGAGGGCAUAUCUGCAGUAGACACAUCAGGGACUGCGGCCUUCAACCCUGUCUACAUUGCAGAUGAGGAGCCUCAAUUUGUUCAACACACGUACACAAGGGACACCACUCUGUUGUAAAUAUUGAGAACAUCACCUCUUGGUAUCACCAUAGCAACCAGCGUUAGUGUCAACCUACAGGACCAGAUCUAGAACAUCUUUCAGUGCUUUAAGUGUUUACGUUAUGGGGAAAAACGAUUUUGUUAAUGCAUUUACUGUCUUGUGUGCUGGAAAUAUUUGAAAAUAUAUAUUGAAAAACAAACAGCUGUAUAUUAUCAAGCUUAUGUAGUGUAUUGUGUAAUACUGAUGGUGAUAAAAAAUUUGAAGUAUGAUUUUACUGUAAUGUGUGCCUAAAAUUCAACAGAACAGCAAAUAGAUAAAUAUUGUCAUAUAUAUAAUAAAAUUCUAAUUAUUUAUCUUGCCCUUACAAGAUAUGUAUAUAAACACUUAUAGUGCUUAUUAUGAUUUUAUAUAUAUUUACCAAUACUUGAAUAUAUUAUGUUGUGCUAUUAAAUAGAAUUUGUGAAUUUACUGCAAAUACUGGAUACAUUCCAAACAUGUUGUCAGUCUCAUUUUUAUAGAUGUAUUUUUGAUACUAAAUUAUAAUGAAUGAAUAAAGACACAAUUUUGUAUAAA